AUGCCGUCCGCCGUCACGCCUCCGCAACCCAUCGCCAGAGACGGAUGCUACCGAGCAGGCUCCGGCGGAAAACCAGCUCGUCGUCUGUGUAGAUCUGCGCCUCCGCAGCCCAUCAACCGGAUCAAUUGUGGUCGUCGUCGCGGCGAGAAAGGCUGUUGCUGCCGUCUGUCUGUUGUCCUAAUCGGCCGGCGAUGUAGAUUUGGAAGGGCUGACGGCGAUGGCUGCCGCGGGAGAAAGGGCGGAGGAGAAUGGCCGAUUUUUUUUUUCUUUUGUUUGGUCGGAGGACGGCGGCGGUGUUUGGUGACAAAGACGGUGCCGGCGGCGUUUGGUGACGAAGACGGCGGCGACGGUGUUUGGUGGCGAGGACGACGACGGCGGCGGCGUCUGGUGGCGAGGACGACGACAGCGGCGGAAGGGGGUGUGAGGCGCAGCGGCGCGUCGGCAUCGUCGGCGGCGGAAGGACUGGUGGGAGUGGACGGCGGCGGGUUUGAAUUGUGUAGACGCGUAGCGGCGGUGGCGGAGGGACACAGCGGUCAUUUGGUGCGAGCUCAGGGUCGCCGCCUCCGGCAGGCGGUGCGACGAUGGGGGAGGUGA